AUGGAAGGGAUAGGCGGUGUUGGAGCUGCUCCUCGCUUCCUUCGCUUCCCGAGGCCCGUCCGGGUGGUGAGCGGCACCGACGCCGUGCUGUGCUGCUGCCUCACAGGCUCCCCUCCACCUACCGUCCUGUGGGAGAAGGAUGGGCACCAGCUGGAGGCGUCCAGCCGUCUGUGUCUUCAGGCAGAGGGGGCUGAACAUAGCCUUUUGGUAAGGGAAGCUGGGGCCCCAGAUGCCGGAGUUUACGUGUGCCGGGCCCAAAACUCGUCUGGGGAGGCCUAUGCCGCAGCAGCCCUCACCGUACAAGAGUCUCCAGAUGCAUCUCCUGACCUGAUCCCUUUGCAGGGUCCCCUUCCUGGCUCCCCAGGCUUACUUCCUGAGCCCUCUGAAGGUCCCCCCAUGUUCUUGGAAGGUCCACAAUCUCAGUGGGUACAGCAGGGUGAGGAAGUAAUAUUGACAUGCCAAGUAGGGGGGCAGCCAGAACCGGCAAUGCACUGGGAGAAGGAUGGCCGGCUCCUGGAGGAUAUCUGGGAGAGCAGUCACUUCUGUCUGACAAAAGGCCUGGCUGGCCACGAGCUCAGAAUCAGGGGUGUUCGACUACCAGACGCGGGUGUCUACGUGUGCCACGCAAGCAACACGCACGGUCACACGGUGGCCGCUGCCCUGCUCCAGAUCCGGCCCUCUCCAGAGACCCCUCUGAGCUCCCCCCACGAGGGCCAGAGGGAUUCUGCAGGGCAGGGCUUACCUGCCCCUAAGAGCUUCUGGGUGAGCGAGGGAAAACACGCCAAAUUCCGAUGCUAUGUGACCGGGAAGCCGGAGCCGGAGACUGAGUGGCACUGGGAAGGCCAUCCCCUGAGCCCUGGGCGCCGCCGCCUGCUCUACCGGGACCAUGACGGAGGCUUUGUGCUGAAGGUGUUAUACUGCCAGCCCACCGACUGUGGGCUUUACGUCUGUGCUGCCCGCAACACCGCAGGGCACACGCUCAGCGCAGUCCAGCUCCACGUCAGAGAGCCCCGAGUACGGUUUGCAGUGCCCCUCGAGGACGUGGAGGGUGAAGAGCAUGGGGAUGCAGUGCUGGAAUGUCAAGUGCCCUCCCGGGGCAUUGUCACCGCCUGGUACCGAGAAGAUCAGCGGCUGCUGCCCAGCCCCAAGUAUGAGAUGGGGGAGGCCGGGGUUGUGCAGCGCCUUAUCAUCCAUGACUUGGAGGCCGACGAUGAUGGCAUUUACCUGUGUGAGAUGCGGGGCCGAGUGCGGACGGUAGCCACUGUGGCUGUCAGAGGGCCCAUCACAAGGCGGCUGCCGAGGAAACUGGACGUGCUAGAAGGAGAGAAUGCGGUGCUGUCGGUGGAGGCUCGAGAAGCCAAGGCUCUUGGGCACUGGACUCGGGAUGGUCAGGAGUUGCCAGCCUCACCCCGAAUCAUCCAAACCAGUUCCAACCACACACACACCCUGGUAUUGGUGGGGGUCACACGCCAGGACGCUGGUGUGUUCACCUUCAGCCUGGGCUCCUCUCACACCUCCGCCAGGCUGAGGGUCAAAUGUGUGAAGCAAGUACCCCCGGGGCCCCCGGUGGCAGUGGAGCUGGGUGCAGGAUGCAGUAACGCAGCCCUGCUCAGCUGGAAACCCCCCGUGCCUGCCCCUGACAAGGCCUAUACCUACCGGCUAGAACGUCAAGAGGUAGGUGCGGACACCUGGGUGCAGUGCCUCACUACAGAAGCAGCUGGUGCCGUGGAGGUGCCGGGAGACAACGUGCCUAAUGAGGGAGACUACCGCUUCCGGCUCUCUGUGGUCAGUGAGCAGGGCCAGAGCCCCUACGUGCUCUUUCCAGGCUCAGUGCACCUGGUGCCCACACCUCGGGUGCAAAAGGCUCUACAGGAUGUCUGUGUACAAGAAGGGGAUGAUGCUACCUUCUCCCUUGAACUCUCCACUUCGGUGCAAGGCACCUGGUUCCUGAAUGGGAUGGAACUCAAGGCAGGGGGACCAGAGAGUGGGUCCAGGGAUGAAGCCCAAGGAUGCCUGGUGCAGCAAGAGGGCCCCCAGCACAGCCUUCUCCUCCGAGCCACAAGGCUUCAAGACAGUGGAGCCCUCAUCACUUUCCUGUGCCCUGGUGUCCAUGUCUCUGCCACGCUUCACGUGCAAGAGCCCUCCGUAAGAAUUGUGCUCCCUCGAGAAAAGGUAUCCGUCGAGGCCGUGAGCCCAGAGCGUGUGGUGCUCACGUGUGAAUUGUCCCGGGCCGGAGCACCCGUGCAUUGGUACAAAGACGGACUGGUGGUAGAAGAGAGAGAAGGCCUGGUGCAGGAGAAUGAGGGCCUCCGGCGCCGCCUGGUGAUCCCUGCUGCCCAGCCCCAGCACGGGGGCGAGUUUGUGUGCAAAGCAGGAGAGGACUUGGCUUUCUUUACGGUCAUGAUCAAAGAACCCCCCGUGAGGAUCCUAUCCCCUCAGGACAAGGUGUCCGUGGCUGCCGAGAGCUCAGAACGGGUGGUUUUGAGAUGCGAGCUGUCCCGGGCUGGAGUCUCCGUGCGCUGGUACCAGGAUGGAAUAGUGGUAAAGGAGAGUGAAGCCCUGGUAUUGGAGAGUGAGGGCACCCACUGCCAUCUGAUACUGCCUGCAGCCCAGCCCCAAGAUGGGGGCCAGUUUGUGUGUAAGGCAGGAGAUGACAUGGCUGUCUUCAACGUCACCGUCACAGAUGUUCAUAACUGGAUCAUGCAUCCCCAAGAUGAAGUGUUCCUGACUGCCAAGACCUCGGAGAGAGUGGUUUUGCUGUGCCAAGUAUCCCAGCCCGGAGCCUUGGUGGGCUGGUACAAGAAUGGGAUGGAGGUGAAAGUGAGUGAAGAUCUGGUUCUGGAGAGUGAGGGGCUCCAGCACCGUCUUGUGCUGCCUUCCGUGAGGCUCCAAGAUGCGGGCGAGUUUGUAUGCAGCACCAGAGAUGACUCUGCCUUCUUCACUGUGACUGUAACAGAGCCUCCAGUGAGAAUCCUGUUCCCCCAGGAUGAGGUAUCUGUGGCUGCUGUGAGUUCAGAGCGAGUGGUCCUGAGGUGUGAGCUUUCCCGGGCUGGAGCCCCUGUGCGCUGGUACAAGGAUGGGCUGGAGGUGGAGGAGAGUGAGGCCCUGGUCCUGGAGAGAGAGGGGCCCCACCACCGCCUGGUCCUGCCUGCAGCCCAGCCCCAGGACGGAGGGGAGUUUGUGUGCGAUGCAGGGGAUGACUCGGCCUUCUUCAUCGUCACUGUCACAGUACCGCCAGAACGGAUAGUGCGUCCAUCAGCCCGCUUCCUACAGCUGCAAUUCAGGUCCCCCAGCCGAGUGGAGCUUCGCUGUGAAGUGGCCCCUGUGGGGGCCCGCGUGUGUUGGUACAAGGAUGGGCUCGAGGUGGAGGCAUCAGAAGAUUUGAAACUGGGGGCUGAGGGGCCAGUCCGGACCCUGACCCUGCCCCAUGCCAGGCCCCAGGAUGCUGGAGAGUAUGUCUGCGAGACCCGAGAUGAGGCCGUCUCCUUUGACGUCCGUCUAGCUGAGUCGCCAGUGCAAUUCCUCCUCCCCGAGGUGGCUCCCUCUCCGCUGUCUGUGUCCCCUGGGGAGCAUUUGGUCCUAAGCUGUGAGCUGUCCAGGGCAAGCGCCCCCGUGUUCUGGAGCCUGAAUGGGAGCCCCGUCCUGGAGGAUGGGAACCUGGAGCUUCGGUCUGAGGGUCCUCGGCGCAUGCUGCUCAUCCAGGCCGUCCACCCUUCUCAUGCCGGGAACUACACUUGCCAGGCGGGGUCCAACCCUGGAGCCCCCACCCUCACUUUCCCCAUCUGGGUGACUGAGCCUCCUGUGAGAGUGUUGACCCCUGAGGCGUCCCGGACUGGGGUUCGAUGCGCCCCAGGCCGGGACCUGGAGCUGGCAGUGUGUCUUUCGGGGCCUGGGGGGGCCGUACGCUGGUACAAAGACGGGGAGCGGCUGGCCAGCCGGGGGCGGGUUCGGCUGGAGGAGGCCGGGGCACGGCGGGUGCUUCGGGUGCGGGGGGCACGGAGCGGGGAUGCCGGCGAGUACCUCUGCGAUGGCCCCCAGGACAGUCGCAUCUUCCUCGUCAAGGUGGAAGAACCCCCCCAGGUGAAGCUAGUUUCAGAACUGACUCCACUGACCAUCCAAGAGGGUGAUGAUGCCACGUUCCGCUGCGAGGUCUCCCCACCCGAUGCUGAGCUCACCUGGUUUCUGAACGGCUCUCCAGUUACCCCUAGCAGCCGGGUAGAAACGAGUCAGAAUGGCCCAAACCACACCCUGACCCUUCGGGGCUGCCAGAUGAGUGACUCUGGCAUGGUGACCGCCCAGACCAAGGGGGCUGAGACUACUGCCCGGCUCCAUGUCAGAGAGGCUGAGCUGCUGUUUUUGCGGAGGCUACAGGAUGUUCGCACUGAAGAGGGCCAGGAUUUGUGUAUGGAGGUGGAGACGAGCCGAGUAGGGGGGAAAGGAGUAGUGAGCUGGUUUCGAGGCGGAAAGCCUCUUCCUGACGAUGACAGGUUCUCUGCGGUCCAGGAUGGCCGAGUACAUCGCCUGGUCAUCCGCAGAGUCGUGGUGAGUGACCAGGGCAUCUACAGCUGCAAGAGCCACCAUGAUCGUACGCAGGCUCGGCUAGUUGUGAGGCCUGAGCAGCUGAAGGUGUGGCAUCAUCUCGAGGAUGUGGUUGUCACAGAAGGGGGCAGUGCCACCUUCCAACUGGAGUUGUCUCAGUCUGGGGUGAUUGGAGAAUGGGCCCGGGGAGGGGUCCGGCUGGAGCCCGGUCGGAACUGCCAAAUCAGUGCCCAAGGCCACAACCACUCGCUGGUGCUCAGUGGUCUCGGCCUAGCUGAUACUGGAACUGUGUCCUUCACCACCGACAGCCUGCGCUGCGCAGCCCGGCUAGAAGUGACAGAGAUACCUUUAGCCAUUGUGAAGGGGCUUCAGGACCUAGAAGUGAUGGAAGGUGACUCAGCCACAUUUGAGUGUGAGCUAUCCAGAAGCCAGGCUGACCUCACAUGGGAUAAGGACGGCCAGGAGCUAUCGCCCAGCCCUCGGCUCCGGAUCCAGGCUCUCGGCUCCCGCCGGCUCCUCCAGCUGCGGCACUGCAUCUCCGCGGAUGCGGGCACCUACAGCUGCUCCGUGGGGAACGCCCAAGCUACGACUGCCCACCUCACCGUGCGGAAGAGGGAGGUGUCAGUGCUGCAUGAACUAAAGUCCGUGAGGGCCCGUGAGGGCGACGGCGCCACAUUUAAGUGUACAGUGUCUGAGCCUGGUGUUCCUGGUUGCUGGCAACUGGGAGGCCGCAUCCUUCGCCCGGGGGGCCGUGUCCGAAUCCGACAGGAAGGGAACCUGCACUCCCUGGUGCUGAGUGAACUGCAGGCUGAGGAUUCUGGGGAGAUCCAAUUCCAGGCUGGACAAGCAAAGUCCUCCACUCAACUGGAGGUUGAGGCCCUGCCUCUCCAGAUCUGUCGUAAACCCCCUCGAGAGAAGACAGUGCUAACAGGCCGGCGGGCAGCAUUAGAAGUGACUGUGUCCAGGGCGGGUGGCCAUGUUCGAUGGCUGCUGGGUGGGGUCGAUUUGCCACCUGGACCAAAGUAUGAGUUUCGAAGCCAUGGCGUCACCCACAGUCUAAUCAUCCACAACGUCCAGCCCUCUGAUGAGGGCACCUACUGCUGCCAGGCUGGAGAGGACAGUGCCAAUACUAAUCUGCUAGUGGAGAGUAGCUAGAACCAGCCCCAGACACAGGAUGGAUGCCCAAGGACAACUGGGAAGCCAAAACAGCCUCUGGGUCUGGGAAGCAUCAGGGGAAUAAAUAUGUCCCAGUGUUCUGCCCACCUGUCUCUCAGUCUAUCUGUGGUGUUGGGUCACUGCUCUGACCUUUCACACACGGCACUGAGUGCUUAUCACUUUCACUGCUCAACCUCCCCCCAGGGGGCUGCUGGGAAACCACUCCUGGUUCAGGCCUUGCAAUUUGGCACAUUUAUAAAAGACGUAAAACAAGAGGAGGAAAAGAAGGAGGAGGAGGAGGAGGAGGAGGAGGAGGAGGAGGAGGAGAUAAAAGCACGAGGUGUCUGGAGUGAAACAAAAGA